CCGGCUGCACGCGACCCUGCGGUCCGGCUCCCUCGGGCGCCGACCCCGCGCCGCGGACCCGCGAUGGCCAAGCGCAGCUCGCUGUCCAUCCGCAUCGUGGAGGGGAAGAACCUGCCCGCCAAGGACAUCAACGGCAGCAGCGACCCCUACUGCAUCGUGAAGGUGGACAAUGAGCCUAUCAUCCGGACAGCCACUGUGUGGAAGACCCUGUGUCCAUUCUGGGGCGAGGAGUACCAGGUGCACCUGCCGCCCACCUUCCACGCGGUGGCCUUCUACGUCAUGGAUGAGGACGCCCUCAGUCGGGACGACGUUAUCGGGAAGGUCUGCCUUACCAGGGACACCCUGGCUGCUCACCCAAAGGGUUUCAGCGGCUGGACCCACCUGACGGAGGUCGACCCUGACGAGGAGGUGCAGGGCGAGAUCCACCUGCGCCUUGAGGUGGUCCCGGGGACGCUGGCGGGCCGGCUGCGCUGCUCUGUGCUGGAGGCCAGGGACCUGGCCCCCAAGGACCGGAACGGUGCAUCUGACCCCUUCGUCCGAGUGCGCUACAAUGGCCGGACACAGGAGACCUCGAUUGUGAAGAAAUCAUGCUACCCACGCUGGAAUGAGACAUUUGAGUUUGAUCUGGAUGAGGGGGCCGCGGAGGCGUUGUGUGUGGAAGCCUGGGAUUGGGACCUUGUCAGCCGGAAUGACUUCUUGGGCAGAGUGGUGGUCAAUGUCCAGAGACUGUGGGCGGCCCAGCAGGAGGAGGGCUGGUUCCGGCUGCAGCCCGACCAGUCCAAGAGUCGGCGGGGAGAGGGCAGCCUGGGCUCCUUGCAGCUGGAGGUGCGGCUGCGGGACGAGACGGUACUGCCCUCCGGCUGCUACCAGCCCCUGGUGCAGCUGCUGUGCCGUGAGGUGAAGCUGGGCACCCAGGGCUCAGGGCAGCUGAUAUCUCUUAUAGAGGAGACAACGAGCACAGAGUGCCGCCAGGAGGUGGCCACCAACCUGCUCAAGCUCUUCCUGGGGCAGGGACUGGCCAAAGACUUCCUGGACCUGCUCUUCCAGCUGGAGCUGGGUCGAACCAGUGAGGCUAACACCCUGUUCCGGAGCAACUCUCUUGCCUCAAAGUCCAUGGAGUCUUUUCUGAAGGUGGUGGGGAUGCGGUAUCUGCACGGCGUCCUGGGCCCCAUCAUCGACAGGGUGUUUGAGGAGAAGAAGUAUGUGGAGCUUGACCCCAGCAAAGUGGAGGUCAAGGACGUAGGGUGCUCCGGGCUGCACCGCCCACAGACCGAGGCCGAGGUGCUGGAGCAGAGCGCGCAGACGCUGCGCAUCCACCUGGGGGCGCUGCUGAGCGCGCUCAGCCGCUCCGUUCGCGCCUGCCCCGCCGUGGUCCGCGCCACCUUCCGGCAGCUUUUCCGGCGCGUGCGCGAGCGCUUCCCCGGCGCCCAGCACGAGAACGUGCCGUUCAUCGCCGUCACCAGCUUCCUGUGCCUGCGCUUCUUGUCUCCCGCCAUCAUGGCGCCCAAGCUCUUCCACCUGCGGGAGCGGCACGCGGACGCGCGCACCAGCCGCACCCUGCUGCUGCUGGCCAAGGCAGUCCAGAACGUGGGCAACAUGGACACGCCAGCUUCCAGAGCCAAGGAGGCUUGGAUGGAGCCGCUGCAGCCCACCGUGCGCCAGGGCGUGGCUCAGCUGAAGGACUUCAUCACGAAACUGGUGGACAUCGAGGAGAAGGAGGAGCUGGACCUGCAGCGGACCCUGAGUUUGCAGGCUCCGCCGGUGAAGGAGGGGCCGCUCUUCAUCCACAGGACCAAGGGCAAGGGCCACCUCAUGUCCUCCUUCAAGAAACUCCACUUUUCCCUCACCACCGAGGCCCUCAGCUUCGCCAAGACGCCCAGCUCUAAGAAAAGUGCCCUCAUCAAGCUAGCCAACAUCCGGGCAGCGGAGAAGGUGGAGGAGAAGAGCUUCGGCAGCUCGCAUGUCAUGCAGGUCAUCUACGAGGACGAGGCGGGCCAAGCCCAGACCGUGUACCUGCAGUGCAAGUGCGUGAACGAGCUGAACCAGUGGCUGUCUGCGUUGCGGAAGGUGAGCAUCAGCAACCCUGGCCUGCUGGGCUCCUACCACCCUGGCGUCUUCCGCGGGGACAAGUGGAGCUGUUGCCACCAGAAGGACAAGUCAGAUCUGGGCUGCGACAAGACCCGGUCGCGGGUGACCCUCCAGGAGUGGAAUGACCCUCUGGACCAUGACCUGGAGGCCCAGCUCAUUUACCGGCACCUGCUGGGCGUGGAGGCCGCACUGCGAGAGAAGCACCGGGAGCUGAGUGCGGGCGCGGAGACAGGCUCUGCGCGCAUUGGCCCGGGGGAAGCCCCCGAGGACGCGCUGGCCCAGCUCCUGCAGGUGCUGCGGGACCUCCAGGAAGCCCACCGCUCUGGCUCGGCCUGCCCGCCGCCCUCGGAGCCCCGCCACCCCGGGCCACUGCAGACGUGAGGCCUGCCCCCCCCCCCAACCUGUGCCCUCGCCGAGCCCCCUGCCAGGUGCUUGGAGACCCCUGGUGCGCUUUCGGCUC